GCCAGUACGCCUCCACGGAGCUCCUACUCUGUGCAGUUUCCAGAUGCAGGCACAGAAACCCAGAGAAACCGGGACUUGUUCAGUGUAGAUUGAUUUUCUUUUUGCUGUACUUCACUUCAUUUGCGUUUGUCUGUAUCUCUGAGUUUGGACACAUGGACUGAUGGGAAGUUUUCACAUCUUGGAAUAAUGAGCGACUCCUCCUGGAUUCAUCUUUAUUUGGGGAUUUAACAGCUAUUUUAGAAAAAACUUAAUUUGGUACAUUUGCUAGAAGCGAUGGAGCUGUCUUUGCGAAUUCACCUUCUCACGGCUUUCGUCUCCUGUAUUAAGGUUUAUGCUCAAGUGGUACAACCUGUGAAGCAUCCAGGCCUGCAGGUGUUGGCCACGGCUUCACAUUAUUGGCCUCUUGAUGCCGUGGAUGGAAUCCAUGAACUGUGGGACCGGAUUGGAAACAGACCAGGUUAUGUUAACGGAAGCAACAUAACUCUCAGAAUCCACAACCACACUGUGCUCCCUUCCUCCCAUAACUCUUCCUAUGUGUAUACCAAUGACUCUGCCUACACUAACAUUUCUGCAACAGUAGAUAUUGUUGAAGGGAUGGUCAACAAAGGCAUCCUCCUGAAUGGAGAUAACGGCGGUACCUUUCUCCACUUCGGAAACUACCAGAACUCCUGCAUUAGUGACCCGACUCUGUGCGGUCCUGAGGGGAUCACCUUCUCCUUUUUUUGGAAAAACCACGAGGCAGAGUCCCGCUUCGCUGUAGCCUCCGGAGGGAAAGUCAUCUCCAACGGCUUCUCUGUCUACACCAAUCCCUUUGUCGGAUAUGUGGAAUUUUACACUCGAGGCAACAACCACAGAUGGAAGGUCAACAUCAGAGUUCCAGGGCCUUACUGGACCCACAUUCUCUUCACAUGGACAAAAGUUGAUGGUCUGAUGGUCUACAUCAACGGGACCUUCGCGGCUAGCGACACUGCCGGGGGCAGCGUCUCGGAGUACUACGGGGACCCCUACGCUGACCUCGUCAUUGGAACAGGCAACGACCGGGCAUACGGCCACUAUGCAACAGGCGCCUUCGAUGAGUUUGUCAUCUGGGAAAGGGCUCUUUCACCGAAGGAGACCUUGCUCUACUACAGUGCAGCCAUUGGUCAGGCCAUGGCUCCUGCCACAACACCCGGAGCCUCCAAAGAAGUCACUUCAACUACACCGACGGUCAGAGCCACUGAAGUGAGUCCUCCUGUCGUCAUCAGUCAGCGCGAGGAGGUCCAAAGCUCCCAGGACCCGCAGUCCAUGCCAGUGUUGGGCUUCCUGAAGGCGCUGCCCAAUAGGACCAUUCCUCACAACACUGCCAACAACCUCACGCAGGCUUUUCUCAAAAGUGUGGAAGAAGUGCUGUCCUCCCCAGGCCUGCCAGAGCAGCAGUCCACUCCUGUGGUCAGCGGCCUGAUCGAGACAGUGGACAGAGUGAUGGAACAUAUGGUGACUAACCUGGAGCCCAGCCCGAACUCUCUCAUCUCCCUGGGUGGAACAUCUUUUGUUGCAGAUUACUCUCUGAUGAAGUUCCCACAGAACUACAACCUGCCGCAUUACCGCUUCCCCACGCAGGGCAAGAACUACAUCUCGGUGCCUGGAGAGGCUUUCACCAUGCAGUCUCAAACCACCAUCGUUGGCCUCUUCUACCACAACAUGCACAACUACUACAAAGAGAUCAGCCCAGCUAAGACCAGGAUUAACGAAGCGUCUGAUUUCAAGGAUCAUAAGAUCCAGGUAGCGAGCUGUCUGAUCUCUCUGAAAGUGGAGCCUUCGCCGGCCCUGUCAGUCAACCUCUCCGGAGCGCCUCUCAUCAAGAUUGUCCUCACCCACUUUCUGACGAAAGACCAGCAAGAGCAAGUCCUAAACCAGAGCAAUAAAGUCCUCCUCUACUGUGCCUUCCUGGACUACAGUUCUCAUGAGGGAGUAUGGUCCAACGAAGGUUGCGUACGCUCAGACGGAAACAUGACGUACUCUGUGUGUUUGUGCAACCAUCUUACCAACUUUGCCAUACUUAUGCAAGUGGUGCCCUUAAAGCUCACUGCCGGCCACAGGGUGGCACUAUCAACCAUUGGUUAUGUUGGCUGCUCCAUUUCCAUCUUCUGUCUUGCCAUCACUCUGGUCACUUUUGCUGUUCUGUCUUCAGUGAGUACCAUCCGUAACCAGCGCUACCACAUCCACGCCAACCUGUCCUUUGCCAUCCUGGUGGCCGAGAUCUUACUGCUCAUCAGCGCUCGCUUCGAGCCGGGCACGCUGCCUUGUAAGGUCAUGGCCGUCCUGCUUCACUUCUUCUUUCUGAGCGCCUUCGCCUGGAUGCUGGUGGAGGGCCUCCACCUCUACAGUAUGGUGGUGAAGGUGUUCGGCUCUGAGGGCAGCAAACACUUCUACUACUACGGCAUUGGCUGGGGCUCUCCGCUGCUGAUCUGUGUGGUGUCCAUGACUUCAGCUCUGGGCAGUUACGGCGAGGUUGACAACUGCUGGCUGUCGCUGAAGAAUGGAGCCAUCUGGGCAUUUGUGGCACCGGCGCUGUUUGUCAUCGCGGUGAACAUCGGCAUCCUGAUAUCUGUGACCAGGAUCAUAUCUCGAAUCAGCGGAGAGAGUUACAAAGUGCACGGAGACGUCAAUGCAGUCAAGCUGACCGCAAAGGCGGUGGCUGUGCUCCUGCCUAUUCUCGGCAUUUCCUGGAUCUUUGGCGUCCUGGCUGUCAACACGCACUCUUUGCCGUUCCUCUAUAUUUUUGCUGUAUUCAACUCGUUACAAGGGUUCUUUGUCUUCUUGUUUCACUGUCUUCUCAACUCUGAGGUCAGAGCUGCUUUCAAACACAAAACCAAGGUGUGGUCUCUUACCAGCAGCUCCAUCCGAAACAUCAAUGUGAAGCCGUUCAACUCUGACAUAAUGAAUGGAAACAAGGAGGGCGUGACUCCCACCAAGAUGAACACAUGGGACAAAAGCACCAACUCAGCCAAUCGCAUCGACCUCUCCGCCGUGUAGAACCACUGCCUGUGGCCGGAGCGCACCUGAAGCUCGCUCUAUAGAACGACAAACACUGGCCAGAAUAUUCUCCCACUUUCUUAUGUAAUGAAUUGGACACUCAUCCACUCCAGUGAAAGUGAACCAAAGGAGGUGUUGUGUAGCUGAAUAAUAGCUUUAAAGACAAGCAGACUCUGACGACUGUGCCUUAUUUUUGUCUUGUAAAAACAUGUUGUGUACCUGAAAACAAGAGCAAGGAUUUCUGAGGAGGUCAGUGAAGGGACAGGAAGUUGUGAAGAUCCAUGAGUGUAGUUCAGGGUCUGGCAGUGACGCUCUGUGAGCUGGAGCGUCUCCAUUCGUCGGUUGCAUUGUCCAUCUGUAAGCGGUAGCUUAUUUGCUAAUUGGCAAGAGUUUAUUUAACGGAGUAGUUCCACAUUUUGAGAAAUAUGCUUAUUUUCUUGCCAUUUGCUGAGAGUCAGAUGAGAAGAUUGAUACCACUCUAAUGUCUGUUCAGUAAAUAUGAAGCUACUGCUAGCAACUGGUUAGCAUAGCUUAGCACAAAUACUGGAAACAGUGGGAAACAGCUAGCCUGGCAGUGUCCAAAAGUGACGAACCUGCCAGUACCUUUAACUUUCACCAAUUAACAAGUUAUAGCUCAUUUCUUUAAUCUGUACAAACACCGAAGUGUAAAGAUGUUUACCGUUAUGUGCCAAACUUGCUAGCCAAGCUAGCCGUUUCCCCCUAGAUCCAGAAUCUGUGCUAAGCUAACCUAAAGUAAUCUGCUGUAGCAAAUAAGAUCAUUUCCCAAAAUGUCAGAAUAUCCCUUUAAAUCACAGAGAUGUGUUUUGUCUCGGCUUUAAUUCACUUACAGAAAGUGUAACAUGAUAAUACGUAUCAGGGUAUGGUUGGGUAUAGCAGCAUGGCAGUAUGUUUCCCUUAAAUAAAGAGAUAGAUGUAGGCCUUUUUACCAGCUGUCAACAUCAUCAUCACAAAAACAGACAGCUUAUUUCACCCAGAUGAACUUCUCCAGCAUUCGCCUGAUUCAUGCAGCUUUAAUCCAGCUUUGGGGACAGUGCAACACAACAGCCAGCAGUGUACCGGUGAAUCACACCCUAUGGAAAUCUGAUAUAAUGUAUUUAUUUAUUUUGUUAUUCUGGGUUCUGUAUCAUGUCGUCUGCAAAGUGUCACGGCUCAACAGUCAGUCAGUAUGUUCUCAUGUUAAAUUCUGUGUCUGUCUGUCUCUCGAACUGAUCUGACUGGUGUAUCUGCAGAACCUCACGUCGGAGUAAGCUGCCCUGUGUUCUGCUUUGUGAGGAACAGUGAAAACUGGUGGCGUGUUGGACACAUUCUGUGAAGUUUUAUGGUGUCAGCUAUUUCUGUUGCUAAUUUCCUUUACAUUUUCAUACGUUUUUUGUACACUAAAAUAUGAAAUGUGUUCUACGGCAGAGGGACUUAUGAGGUUGUUGCUUUUUCUUCUUAACAUACUGUGAGAAAGGAGGGAGAUGACAUAUUUAAAAAGCGUCAUUCAUCUUACACUGUACCAACAUUAAGUUUCCAGAACAGGAUUUACUGUAAGUCACUCUGCGCUAACCUUUCAUGUCCGAUUGAAAGGUGAAUAUUUUAAUAUUUCUAUGCUUCUAUGGCCAUAAAUGAUUGUUGUCUUAUGGUACUAUGGUUUGUGCUUCCAAUUACCUUUAUUAUAAAAUGUUUAUGACAAGAAA